AUGUCUACGCCAUCCGCAGCCUGGCCCAUCGCCGACACCACCCUAGCCGAAAAGCUUCUGGACCUGAUCCAACAAGCAACCCACUACCACCAAAUCUCCAAGGGCGCCAAUGAAGCAACUAAAACGUUGAACCGAGGAACCUCCGAGCUCAUCAUCAUGGCUAGCGACGCCGAGCCCCUCGCCAUUACACUUCAUCUUCCACUCUUGUGUGAAGACAAGAACGUGCCUAAAUUGGCACUGGGACGGGCUUGUGGCGUUGGUCGCUCGGUUGUGGCUGUCAGCCUCACCAGCAAUGAGGCGAGCGAUUUGAUGGGACAGAUCAGGGCUAUGAAGGAUGCGGUGGAGAGGAUUGCGAUUUGA